AUGGUCCUUUUUCAAGCGCACCCAGCCGCGGGUGGUAGCGACGACCACGACCACGACUCCGACGAUGAAGAAAACAUAGACCCCGAGCUUCGCCUGCGCACCGUCCGCACAGCCCAUUCGGCAAUUGCAGAGAGUAUCGUGGCUGAUGCUCGCCAGUCCGCCGGCGGAGGAGAUUCUUCAGGCUGCGAGGGGAGAAGGACAGAGAACGGAAGUGUGAGGAGGGGAAGCCCAAGCCGAAUGGAAGGCGCCGGAAUAUAUAUGUCAACACACCGCUACGAGAGGAGAGAGUGGACAGUAAUGGCGACCCCACGGCGAGGUAUCCGAGACAAACAAAGUCAGGAAUACCAGUGCGUUUGCCUCUCCGAUGCAGCAGACCUCUCAGUUCUUACCUUUGCUCAGAGUACACUCUCGUCACCUUCGUGGCCAAAGAAUCUGACGGAGCAGUUCUCUCGAAUCGCCAACAAUUCUUCCUUGUGCUCGUCAUCGUACAACGUAAGUCUCCAUGCCCACUCUACGUCACUAUAA